AUGGCUGACUCCUCUGUUCCUGUCAUUGAUACAGCUGCUACAAACAAGUUGGAAGAAUCACCUAUUCCUUCUGCUACUGCUCCUCCUACUGUCAAUGAGACACUUGAAAGCUCUAUUCCUGAAUCCAAGCCCGAGAAACCUGCUACCACUCUUGAUACCCCUCCACCUUCUGUAAAGCCUGUUACCGCACCAGCAACAACAACAACAGCAUCAACAGCAUCAAGCAAACCAUUCAGUUAUACUUCUCCUAACAUUAAAUUUGAAGAUGAUCCUUCUACCUAUUUAAAGACAAAGGUUGAAUCCCUAAUUUACUGGGAAUACCCCAAGAAGAGUGCCACUGUCUUGGUUGGAUUACUUGCUACUUUGGUAUUAACACAAUACUAUUCCCUCUUGCAAAUUGUUGCUGGUGUCUUUACCUUGGCUACUGGUCUCAACUGGGUAUUUGUCAACACACACAAGCAAGGUCAACGAUUUAUUGGUGGCAAGUCACCCGAGAACAUUGCUAAUCCUCACAGUGAGCGUCUUCAUAAGCAGGGAACUUAUAUUCCUCGUGAUCGCGUCUUACGUACUGCACAACUGACGAUUGAUGUUGUUGAAGUGAUUACACAACACAUUACAAAAUUGGUCUUGAUUGAAGACAAUUGGCGUUCAGCUGUUUCUUUGGUUGUCUCUUAUUUGGUCUGGACCAUUGCCAAGUUUGUCUCUACCAAGUAUAUUGUUGGCUUCUUUAUUGUCUCUGCCUUUGCAUUCCCUCGUCUUUACCUUCAACAUCAAGAUGUAAUUGAUGCUCAUGUUGCUCAACAGUCCAAAAAUGCCCGUGUCUUGGCUGAAAAGUACGGAGGUAUUGCUAAUGUCAAGGCUAGAGAAUUAACAGAACAAGCCAAGUCCUUUUUAUCCAAGAAGACAACCGCCUCUAUUCCUCAAGAAGCCAAAAAGACUGAAUAA